AUGGCUGCUGGCUCCUCGCUUCCGCUCAACGGGCUCUUUCCCAUCGCCAAGCCGUCGGGUCCGGGCUCGAUGCGCGUCAUCGAGGCCAUGACGCCGCUGCUUAUCGAGUCGCGCCUGUUUACGGACCCAAACCUCCCGGCCGGCGGGCGCGAGGUGGAGCGCAACAAGCGCAAGCGGAACAAGACGCACAUGGGACUCAAGAUCGGACAGGGCGGCACGCUGGACCCGCUGGCUGAUGGCGUGUUGGUUAUCGGUGUUGGGCGCGGAACAAAGCACCUGAACCGCUUCCUCGAGUGCUCGAAGGAGUACGUCUCGAUCGGCCUCCUUGGGGCUGCGACGACGUCGUACGACUCGCAAGACCCCGUCAUCUCGACGGGCAACUUUGACAGCAUUACUCGCGAGGACGUCGAGAAGGCUCUCGAGCAGUUCCGUGGCAAGAUCAAGCAGACGCCUCCUAUUUUCUCCGCGCUUAAAAUGGACGGCAAGCCUCUUCACGAGUAUGCGCGUGAGAAUAAGCCCCUUCCUCGCCCGAUCCCCGUGCGCGAAUGCCAGGUCGAGAUCGACCUGAUCGACUUUACGCCCGCACAGGUGGUCGAGGGCGACGGCGGGCACACGUACCGCUGGCCCGAGGCGCGGCUGGACGAGGGGGAGAAGGACACGUUCCGUCGCCUCACUCAGAUAGUGCACGACGCCAAUGAGGCGGCCAAGGAGACCCCGGCCGAGCCUGAGAUCGACCUGAACGCACCCGACUUCCCCGAAGUGUCGGCGCAGACUGGGCUCCGGCCCGCUUCGUUUACCGUCCGCAUGACGGUCAGCUCUGGGACCUAUGUUCGCAGUAUCGUGCACGACAUUGGGCUUGCACUCGGCUGUGGCGCGCACGUCGUCAAGCUCACGCGUACGAGGCAGGGCGAGUUUGUUUUGAGCGAGGACGACGUCAAGCGCGUCGACGAGCAGGAGGGUAGAGUCAAGGUGGAGGCGAGUGAGGAGGAGGCGAUGAACAACACGGCUGAAGAGGACGAGAUGAACGCGCUCAAUGCUGCGGCGGCGAGCGCACCAUCCCACGCCGCCGCGGACAAGAUGACGCACCAGCGUGGCCCGACUACUGCGUGUAUCCCCUGGGCACUGUUUGAGAACGCGAUUGCAGAGCGUGACGCCGCUAUCAAAGCAGGCCAGGCCGAGAUCGAGGAGCUCAAGGAGAGCGGGGCACCGUUCAAGGACAUCAAGGAGGCGCUGAGGGAGCAGAAGAAGGCGCGCGAGCGCGAAGAGCUGGCAGACUGGGAGAAGGCCGUCAUGGAGCGCUUCCACUCUGUCCCUAUCCCGGUCGUGCGUGACAGCAAGACCCGCGCCGAGGGCGUCUACUUCCGUCGGUAG